AUGACAUCCAAAGAAAGAGACAACAUGACAAUCCCCAUCCCCUCGUAUUCCGAUAGAGAGACCUUGCUUCGUCUGGGUAUAGUCAAAGUACCCAUUCCCUCCAUUAUCGGCAAAGAUCAGCAACAAUGGGCCUCGGAACUCUCCCAAGUCACUCCCAUGAUCAUGGCCAUGCAAGGGGACAGCGAAUAUGCCUUUUAUCGAAACAUCAUGGUAGAACCCGAGCUGGAAUUUCCCUUGGAACAAAUCGUGAGCGAGCAGAUCCAAGAAGCCUUUGAAAAAUAUUUUGGAGUGCAACCCGAGGAAAUGCGUCUGGAUGAUGCCUUUUGCGUUCAUUACAAUGCUGAUCAAACCGAUUCCUCCGGGAAAAAGCACAUGGAUCCAAGCGAUAUUACCGUCAACGUGUGUCUCGAAAACACAGACGACGUGGAAGGAAGUCAAGUGUUGUUUUAUGGGAGCAAGAAACUCGAGAAUGUUGACAUCGACGACAACGACAACGAGAAUCAAAACGAGCAGGAACGAUUUUUAGUGCCCCAAGAACCGGGAUUUGCCACAAUACACUACGGGAGCCAUCCUCAUGAGACAACUCCCUUAUCGUCCAAGACUGGUAGACGGACCAAUGUCAUUGUGACGUACUGCUACAAGGACAAGACCAGGAGUGAUGUGGGGAAACGAAAUUGUUACUUCAUCUAG